AAGAAAGAAAGAAAGAAAGAAAGAAAGAAAGAAAGAAAGAAAGAAAGAAAGAAAGAAAGAAAGAAAGAAAGAAAGAGUUUCCUAUCGGGAGAAAAUAAUAUCUGACAUGGAGGAGGGGAAGAAACAAGCAAAGGAUCUACUUUUCUGCAAACCUCUACAGACCUUCUGUUGGGAAAAAAAGAGAGCACCCGGGAGCCUUGAAUCUUUUAAGAUAUCUUCCAGGAGAUAAUAUUCAUUGAAAUAUACAUUAAAAAUUGAACACUUUUAUUUAUUUUUUUAUUUUUAAUGGAAGACUUGACUUCAGAUAUGAAUGCCAUCAGCUUUAAACAUCUGGAAAAAAACCCUGUGAUGCUAAAAAGGCAUAAUUCCAUCCUGUGGGGUCAAAUCAUCGACUUCCUUCCCAAGCAGAAGUCAGCUUCCAAAAGACACCGGGGGAAGAGAAGGCCCCCUCGUCACGUGACCCGGGGGGUGCCAAUGUCCUUCCAUGAGAGGGCCAACCGGAGCCUGGUAGCAGCGAGCGAGCGCCUCGGGGAACCCCAGCCAUGCAGAAGACCAGCUACUACGACACCUCCCCGCUCUUUGGGGCUUACUCCUACCCCGGGGCCAACGGCUUCGGUUACGAGGGCCCUUCUCCGCAGCCCUUCCAGCCCGCGGCUCACGUGGAGAGCGAUUACCAGCGGCCCGCCUGCACCCUCCAGUCUCUGGGCAAUGCGGCCCCACUGGCCAAGGCGAAGGACCUGAACGGGAGCUGCCUGCGCCCCAGCUUGCCUCAGGAGCACCACCCGCCCCCGCCCGUCUCGCCACCCACCAACCCCAUCACCACCAGCAGCGGCAGCGGCAGCACCACGUCCAACAGCACCGGCGGCAGCAAUAACCAUUGCCAAUCGGGGGCGGUCAAAAGUGUCCCCAGCAAAUCCGGCCUGGCCUCUAGUAACGCCGCCCUCGCCAAGCAGAUUUUCCCCUGGAUGAAAGAGUCGAGGCAAAACGCCAAGCAAAAAAACAGCUCCCCCUGCGCAGAAAGCUGCAGUGGCGAGAAAAGCCCUCCGGGCUCCUCGGCUUCCAAGAGGGCCCGCACAGCUUACACCAGCGCCCAGCUGGUCGAGCUGGAGAAGGAAUUCCACUUCAACCGCUACCUUUGCAGGCCGCGCCGAGUGGAGAUGGCCAACCUGUUAAACCUCAGUGAGCGGCAGAUCAAGAUCUGGUUCCAGAACCGGAGGAUGAAAUACAAAAAGGAUCAGAAGUCAAAGGGCCUCGGGUCCUCCUCGGGGGGGCCUUCCCCCACAGGGAGCCCACCCCAAGCCCUGCAGUCCUCUGCAGGCUUCCUGAACGCCCUGCACCCCAUGACUUCGAACUAUGAAGCUUCGUCUCCGCCCUCCUUCAACAAACCGCACCAGAAUGCCUACGCCAUGCCCACUGCCUACCAAAACCCCAUCAAAGGAUGCCCCAGCCAACAGAAGUAUGCCAACACGGCACCUGAGUACGAUCCUCAUGUCUUACAGGGUAAUGGGGGUGGCAGCUACGGCCCCCCCAAUAUGCAAGGCAGCCCAGUCUACGUGGGUGGCAACUACGUGGAUUCUCUGCCCAACUCUGCCUCAUCGCUUUAUGGGCUGAACCCCCUUCAGCAUCACCAGCCCCCCAGCAUGGAGUACAACGGGGGCCCCCAGAUGGGCUCCAACCAGCACCAUGGGCCUUGCGAGGCCCACCCGACCUACACGGACCUUUCUUCUCACCAUGCUUCUACUCAGGGUAGAAUCCAAGAGGCGCCCAAGCUGACCCAUCUGUGAUGAAGGGCAGGGCAGACUCGGUGGGGAGUUAAUAGAGAAGGGAGGCGGGCAUGGGAUUGGUGGGUUGGUGGACAGACUGAUUGGUUGAAGCCGUGGGCUCUUUCCUUGCAAAAGAGAAUGGGCGCACAAACAUUUGUGUUGAAACCCUUUAUGAAACCCUAAAUCUGUUGCUUGAGGGGCACAGUUCAUUUGUGCUGUGUCUUGCAAGCCCUGCCAGAUUGAUCAGGGUGGCUUCCCUAAGGUGCAAAAGAGCUUAGGAGGCUUAUGGCUGUGCCAUGCUCUUUGGGGUGGAAGUAUUCCUGUAUAUUCCCCUCUCAAAGAAAAGUGAAGGCUGCUGACAGCCCAGUACCCUUCAUGUGGUUGAGAUAAUAGUCCUCAGAUUAAAGCAAACAAAACCUAGGGCUCCUGAGCCCCUGGUUGAGCUCUAGAAGGCCCUAUUGUAAGCCCAAGCUAGGGAUAGCCAGACUAGUGCAACCCCAAAGUGUGAAAAAGUCAUUAAGAUUGCGGGAAUCAACUCCCAUUUUCCUCAGUGUGAGAACUUACUUUGAGAAAGGCAUCUUAAACACACUCCAUCUUUUGUGUUCUAGUCCAAUUUAGGCGAAGGGAGUAGAGAGGGUGUCAGAGUGAGCUUGUGCUUUCUUGGACACAACUGUUGCAGGUUUUGUGAAUAUACAUAUGGGAGCCAUGUUGUUAACUGCUCAAGAUAACAUCUUGAAUGAAACAGCACAUUUUCAUGAGAUACCAGCUCUCCACAGGCAGGGUGAAGGCGUAUUGUAAACCAGGAAGCACGGUUGCAAUCCAAAGACAAGCUGAAGAACUGUCCCAGCUCACUAUGCCACAAGAGAGGGUAACUUCAUGCCUUUUACAUUUUUGGACUUCAACUCCCAUCAGCCCUGGUCAGCUAAUAAAUACGAAGGCUUGUGGGAGAUGCAGUCUGGAUCAUCCAGAGAGCAACCGAUUGCCUACCACUGUUCUACCACCCCCUUUUGCAUAACUGCUAGAAUCAUAAUUACUCCCAAGUAAAUCUCUGUCAAGGGGAAUUCCAUUGAAACAAUCUGAAUGGCAAAAGGAGUCACCAUUCUCUCUGUUCAUGGGUCACAUUCCCAAUCAUGCAGGCAGUGAGGAUUCUUAAUGAGAUUAGGAGCAAAGAUUCCAAUCAUGUGUAUGUGUCCUAUACACACCACAAAACUGCAGCCUAUUUAUAUGCAACAGAUGCUUUCCUUAAAUAUAGAUUGAUUAUUUACAUUCAUUAAGCCUCCAAUCGGAUACCCACUUCCACUGCAGGAGGAAGGGUUUGGAUGUGUGUAAGAUUGCCCCAUGAAAAAGACCUGCUGAAACCAGUGACUGAUGGACACAAUCCCUCCCCCCCAAAAAACUUUAGCUGCCAUUUGUUUCAAUGCAGUUUGUGCAAGAGAAUUUUCUGCUGAAAGUUGUCUAGCUGUAGAACUUAACUUCCAUUCAUUUCAAGUAUUUUCUUUUCUUAGAAGUAUGCGAAUACUUUUGUUUACAAUUAUAGAAGGGUAUAUAGGUGUUUGGAGACAAUCAGCCAUAGUGGAACGUACACUUACACAGACACACAUGCACGUAGGGACUCAGUCAAAGCCACUUUGACAUGUGGGAAAGGGAGAUGUCACUAGUGAAUUUCACCGCUUUUAGAAUUUCUUUUGAGAGUCUAUUUCAGAUUUGCAUUUCACACAUAUAUUUGACCUGAGGUUUCGACACAAAUGUUUUGUAUGUAAUAAAAAAGUCCUGGUUAUUCUGAAUUUUAGAAAUCCAUUGAAAUAGACAUUUUGUUUUUACUUUUUAAAAGAAAAAAAAUCAUACAACAUGCACAAAAAGCUCUGGGUGUGGAUCUUGAAUGCACCUCAAUAUUUCUUAUGUCUAUCGCUCUUCUUCCUUAGCUAAAUACUAACCUACCACAAUUUUUAAGGGUUUAUUUUAUGAAGAAGAAAGGGAGAUCUAAGGUAUUGGAUGGAAAGCUGUCUUUUUCCAUUCUCAGUGUAUCUCCACCCAUAUGCAAACUGUUGAACAGGCUCCCCGCCCCCUUGGCCAGUUUCCUUCACCAACCCAACACUCCAUUAACUGCAAAAAUACAUCCUUACAAAUUUUUCACUGCUAUAUUCCCCUCCCUCUUCUUUAAUUCCAUCAGUUUUUUUUUCCAGAAUUGGGCAGCAGAGUGAUUCCUUUGCCAAUUAAUUUUAACAGCAAAAUUGAGCUUGCUUAUAGAAAUAAAAGUCUAACAUCUGGAAGGAGAAAAAUAGAGACCUCCCCUUGUCCUUCCUAGUGAAAUGAUUGCCUACCCUUCUUUAUUAUUUCUGUUUUAAGAUUGGUUAAGGGCUGGGGAACUCUCUCACAUCUAAGAUGUCUUUGCGUUUGUUUGCGUAACUUCUCUUGAACGUGAAAACAGGGUAUAUUUGAUCAGAAACUGUUAUGUCCUCCAAAUGGAAGCGAAGUAAAGGAUCCUUUGGGGAGGGGACUUCUUUACUGGCGCCUCUUCUUUGGCCUGACAUUCUUUCUUGCACUUAGAGUUUACAUUUUAAUGGCUAUAUAUACCAACUUUUGAAGGACACACAUUGGAAUACGAUUUUCAAUGGAGAUGUGCCAUGUUCCGGUAAACAUUCAUAUAUAUAAAUAUAUAAAUAUAUAUUAUAUUAUAUUAUAUUUAUUGGUUAUAGCCAGUUUUAAACUAUUUUUUUCUUUUGUUGCAUUAUUUAUCCCCAACAUUUAUGUAUUUAUAAGGAAAAUGUACUUUUUUUUAGUAUUGACUUGUUAUAAAGGACUAUGGUGUUUUUUCUUUGUCAUUGUACAACCAAUUUUUCUUUUCUAUUCUUCCUGUUCUCCCCAUUCUUUUUCUUUUUUAGUUAUUGUAAUUUAGGGAAAAGGCCAGUAGUUACCUUCGUACUUAAAAUAAUGUGUUUAGUUCUACUGGAGGCAUGAAAUCAGGCUGUAAUUGUAUAGUCCUCAGUUAGAAGAACUAGUUAAUCCCCACCCCACCCCACCCCACCCCAUUCUCCUAUUCCUCCACCGCCACUUCCUCCUCUUUUUUGAAGCAUCUUCCUUUGUUCUUUACAGUAGAUCAGUUUAUUUCUUUGCUGAAAGGGUUGUCUGUUGAACAAUUCUUGAAUAAACUUUCUGUUCUUAA